AUGUUAUCACCGCUGGCCAAAGGACUAGGCACUUGGGAUGGUCAAGUCGUUAUUGAUGCAAAAGAGUUAAAAAAAGCAGCACACGAUGUUUCAUUGCCAAUUCUGCCUUCAUUAUUGGCUUCAUCAGAACCUACGAGAUCGGAACGGGAAAUAGCUUCCUAUGGAAUCUCAAAGCAGUGUUUAAAAAAUGCAGUUGAUGAUCACAUAUCAUUACCACGAACGUUUGCUACGCGAAAAGGAGCAUUGCUGCUUUUUACUGGUCCAGAAGACUUAUUAAUCGAUUACAAAAGACCUGAAUUUCCGGUUCCGUACACAAAAAAUCACAAGGCCCUGCCACGGGUCAAUGCGAAAGACAUCCGAAAAACUUUCGAGCGAUCGUCACAAUUGACCAGUAAGACCUCUCCCACCCUUAAUAAAAGAAGAAAUUUCUUAAAGUUAUUGCCCACAUCGGAUUGGGAUGCAAUUGACAAAUUUAACUUUCCCGGAAUAGAUAGUAACUACUACUUAAAGGGCAUUCAAAGUCGAUUAAGUCAUCAGAGUAAGAUACCUUUAAAUGAAAGUGAAAAAUCCGCUGAUGAAAUCAUUAACGAGUAUCUUAGCGAAGAGGUAUUGGCGUACAACCAAUCAAGUUUUGGAAAAUUUUCUGAGCAGGACGAAGCUGAUGUAGAUGUAAUUGCUAAUAAUAGUAGCAGCAAAGAACUAGAUGAAGUUGCACUUGCUAACGAUGUCAAUGGUACAACGAGUAAAUUCUAUACAAGCAAUACAAAUGACACUGAUAUCUCUCACGGAACUUCGACGAGGACAAUUUGGCAAAGCGAAAGUUGUUCUGCAGAAAUUCAAGAUGAGCGAUGUAUUGUAAAACCCCAUACAGAUACUGAACACGAUUGGUAUUUAGAAGACGAAAUUUCAGAUAAUGAUUUGUUUUCUGCUCCUAACUUAAUUCUUAUCAGAGGGUCACAACGCGUAUGGUCUCCUCCUACAGCAGUUGCGAGACACCAGACGUCAUUUUCUCGAACAGCUAGUAGCAAACUUUCUGGAAAUAAAAAUUCACACAUAAGCGCAAAUUUUCGCAAGAACUUACUAUCUAACUCUGGUAGCAAGGGAGCUGGUAGCGAAAGAUCUCAACAUGAUCGAAGACUUACCGAUUCUGGGGGCAAGAUCAAUCACCUAUUGAAGUUUGGAUCUGAUAUGAACCAAAAAACUUACAGUAACAAUAUAAAUAAGCAAAUUGUUUUGGAGGAAUUUAGAUCACGGGAAGUAAACGGCGAUGAGACUGAAGACAAUAAACCCAAAGUUAAGUUGACUGCAAAUGAUCAAGACGUUAGCGCUAGAUCCUCUGUUUCGCUUAAUUCUGAUGACAAUGAUAAAAUAUGGGCUAACUCUAAGACCGCUGCUAAAUUCGUACCUAGAAAUUCUGCUGCAUCCAAACAAUUAGAUCAAGAAAGCACUACAAACGUUAAUUCGCACAGUGUAACGACAAAUCUCGAUUCUAAGUUAACUGUGAGUGAAAAGGUACACAAAUCCACUCUUCCUGAAUCAAAAAACAACCUAAAUCCUUAUCUGAUGCGGAGUUUACCGAAAGCAACCAAUAUAAAACCUAACAAUAUAUCAUCCAAUGCUGCACUUUUAACUAAUGAUUCGUUUACAGACGAUGUCUUAAAACCGUUAGGUAACUCGCAGCUUAAUGAGACUGAAAUUGACAAAAAGUUAGCGAAGUUAGCAGAUAUAGGAAGAUUGCGAGCUUCUUCAGUAGCGAACGACCUUUUACUAGAUGGCAAUGAGGCGUUAUCAGAAAAUGAGAAUUGUGCAGACAAAAUUUUUGGUGAAGCACCAACAAAUGAUGUUGAAGUCUUAGAUAAAAAAAUUAAAUUUGUACCUCUGCGUAAUGUUAGAGAACGAUCAAAGAGCUCUGCCGGUUUUGGAAAUGUGCAAGCCGAACACCAAGCGCUUCUUGCAGAAACUGAUAUAGAAUUUCCUAAGACGCAACCUUACGAAAUAGACAGGCCGGAUAGUAAAUCAAGUCUUUUUAACAAUGAAAUUCAGUCCUCGCAGGAAGACAGUAAAAGUGAUGAUAAAUUAAACGAAUUAAAAUCAAUUGCUCGAGAUCUACUCAUAAGAAAAGAGACUACGAAGUCUGCUAAGCUUAAGAUAAAAACGAAAAAGCGGCGAAGAAAGAAGGUUUCCCAAGAUGUAAAUGAAAGGAAGCAGUCAUGGGUCAAAAUUGCAGAGUCGAUGGAAUCUAUAGUUUCGUCGAAGGUGAUGCAGAAUACAACAGUUGCCUUGAAGACGUCUAGUAUAGCUCGAAAUUCUAUGACCAGCAAUGAUUCAUCAAAUAACCAAGACAAUGUUAAUAAUGACAAUACGGAAACUAUUCCUGUCGAUGUUAGCCUUGAGCCUAACACCAGAGAACCAAUCACCUUGGGAGAAGCUCCUUUCGAUAAAGUUGAAUUUAUAGCAGCAAUCGAAAGUGACGAUGAUGGCGCCUGGAAGGCGUCAAGUCAUAGAAGACAUACAAACAAAAGGGAAGAGAAAAAAUUAUCAAAGGAAUAUGAAAAAAUGUUGAAAGAAAGAGAGAAAGAAAAACAGAAAAUGAAAAAGGAUGCUGAAUUAAGAAGAAAAAGAGGGGAUAUUAGUAAUAGUAAGCCUGAAGAUAAUGAAGUUUUACAAAAUGAAAUAAAAGAUCCAAUACAAGACGCUGAUGCUGAAAUUAGGAAGAAGACUAAGGAACAGCGUGAAGCGAAGAGGCUAGCAGAUGCAGAGAGGCGGAGAUUAGAAGUGCAGCGAAAACGAGCGGAAAGAAAAGAGCUUGAAGCUAGACAGGCCGAAGAGGAAAAGCGGGUAAUAGAGGAGCGCGAAGAAAAUGAGCGAAUCAUGAAAGAGAAAUUAGCAGAAAUGCAACGGUUAAAAGACUUAGAAAGACGGCAACGAGAAGAGAAGGAAAAAAUGGAUGCUGUUAUUAAGGAACGGCAGUUGGAGCAAGAAAGAGAGGCUGAGGCAUUAAAACAGAAGUUGGCAGAAGAAGAGAUACAGCGAUUACUAAGAGCGAGACUUCAGCAGCAGAAGGAAGAAGAAUAUCUCAGGAAAGAAAUGGAAAAUAGAAAACUUCAGGAAGAAGAGCAGCGCAUAAAAGAAGCUGAGGAAAAGAACCAAAGAGAGUUAGAAAAUAAAAUAAGGCAAGUGCAGGCCGCAAAAAAGCGUGAAAAUGAAAUGAAGGAUCAAGCUAAACGCCGUCUGAAAAGAUUAGCUGAGGAAAGACAGAAAGCCGCGGAUAUAGAGAAGCAGCGAGCGCUUAUUUUAGCUAAACAAGAACAAAACGUAGUUUUGUUCAACGAACUAAAGAAAAUAAUGUAUGGGCAGGGCUUAACGAGAGCAUGGUUAUUUUCAUAUUUUGUUCAUGUCCCGAGACAUCUUUGGGAAUUACCUAUGGGAUACAGUAAGGAUAAAAGAAAAAUUCCGGUCAAAUUCAGAUCAAGAAAGUUGUAA